AUGGCAAAUUAUCUGCCUGUUUUGCUCGUUUCUGUCUCGACAAACGCAAUUCCGGACGACUCGAGCUUAUCUACGCUGCCCACCGCCCAGGUCGACUAUCUCUCGCACGAAUGGCAGGAGGAGGACGUCUGGAAAUCAUGGAGGAAUAUGACAAAGCAGAAGAAGGAGAUUGCAAACGGGGUCAGGCUAGAGAACGCCAGCUGGAGGACCUGGUGGAAGCAGCGGAACAAGUUAAAGACCGUCACGCCAGAGACUCUCAAUUGCCCUGCGGAAAGCGAAGAAGAGGACAACGGACAGUCGGAACCCAGUCUGCAGCAUCUCGCAGUCAACGAUUUCACCGACAACGAUGCUUUGGCAGAUCCGGAUUCGUUCCCCCAUGCAACCCUUUCACGACCACGGCUCAUGCAUACGAAAUCUGACACGCACGUCACGCGUUGGGGGCCGAGUAGGGCAUUCAGGAAGGAUUCUCCCCCUCGAUUUGUGUCAAACAGCCUGAACACUGGCGACGGUGCCGACAGUGAGGCGGUAUCGGCGACAUCGCAAUCACCAAGUGGCUCAGGCUCGCAUGCUGAAGGGUCUGAUACGCCCCUGCACCAUUCAGGCAAUGCGACUGGCUCUCACCCACAUGUUGCUAUUCCCUUCGCUCGGUAUGAUGAACCCCAGAGUGCUCUCUCAACGGCAAGCGGCACUGGCUUCCAUCAGAAGAAAAAGCACAUUAGCUUCAACACAUAUGUCGAGCAAUGCAUUGCUAUUGAUAAACCGAAGAGUGAGAGUCCACGACCGUUUGAAAGGACAGGAAGUAUAUACGGGCAUGGCUGGGAAUAUGACGAAGGUUACGACGAAGACGAUGAGGACGGUUUCUCGGGAGUCUGCGCCAUUGAAAGUGAUAGCGACAGCGACUACAACCCCGAUGACCGACGCAUCUAUGACACGAGCGAGUCUGCCAUUGAUGAUGAGGACGAAGACGAGGAAGACGAAGAUAUCCUACAUAUACGGACACCAUCUCCGAAAUACAACCCUAUUCGGUCAACAUCCAAAUCUUCCGUCCGCUCUUCGACGUCUGUGGACACGAAUGCCUCUAUAUCCACAAUACCGAGACGAAAUUCGGCUCCUACGCGACGAAGAGCCAGUUUAGGCUUGCCGACUGGGCCAGCUCUUUUUGAUUCGCAUCAGCGCCUUCACGCUGCCCCCAUGAUUCGAGGAACGUCAGACAGUAGCUCGACGUCUGGCCCGAGCGAGAAACAACUAGGCAAAGAUCGCGAACAUCCAAUCCAUGUGACAAUCGCACCCAUCGCGCCCACGUUUCUGAAGACGUCAAGUCUCGGCGAGGAGGAAUCCGUAGAAGAAGGAUAUCCUUGGAGUGGGUUUGGGUUCGAUAACGAUUUCGGGUACGGAUGUGAUCCGUUUGGCUGGGGUUCCAUGCAUGGAGGAAGGGUUGCUGGUGGUGGGCAGGUACCUGAGAAUGGCAGCACUGGAGCGUGGUCGGCACCCGGGGCAGGUGGGAAUAUGAAACGGACGCAGCAAGAAGAUGGGUAUAUCCCCCGAGCGGUGCGUGCUGAAACACCUGUGGAACUCGUUUACGCGCCGCGUGUUGGUAACGGAUACAACGUGCGCUACGAGAACCCGGAGAUCGUGCACAGGGAGGACGUGAACGCCGACAGCGCUCCCUCGCCCCGCCGGAGAGCGCAAUUCAGCGUGGGCGAUCCGGACGAUCUUGUCGAGGACUAUCAAAGUCCACCGGAGUUAGUGGGCAGGGUCACUGUAACCCCCGCCUCACCCACUCAUUCUCCAUCAUCAUCAGUCACUCUAUCCGCAACAAGUCGAGUCUACACUAACGAUAACGGCGUCCCUACUCCUCCUGCGAUACAAGUCGGCGGCAAUGGUGUUGACGGAGAUGAUCCAUAUGAUUAUUUCGGUGGACCAGAUCUUGGCGAGGACUUCUCUUCUACUUCCUCCGGGCGAAGGUGGACGAAGAAGCCACAACCACCGCAGAAAGUCGCUCCACCUGAAGAAGAUGAAAGAGGAAGAGAACGCGAACGUUCGCGAUCGAGGUCAAGGUCGAACUCGCGGUCGAAUUCGGCAUCACUAUCUGUGUCGAGAUCGAGAUCGCGGUCACGGACGCCUUCCCCUUCACUUGUAUCGGCGAACACGAGUUCAUCGACCUCUCCUGAACAGACGCUGAACGCGCGUCAGAAUAAGUCGCCGUCAGCCUCGCCUGGGAUAUCACCGGUGAAUUUGCCAAAGCGGUCGGGCUCGUUCGAGCUGCGUCAGACGUCGCCACCUGCUAUGCUGUCGCCACCGCUACGAGGACGAUCAAUAGGUGGUGCGGGUAGCGGCGAGUCGAGAGGUCGAUCAAUUACACGAACGCCAUCGUCUUCAUUCAGCGAUCGGGAACGGUCGAGCUGUCAAAGCUCUCCAAUAGGCAGCUCGUCCCCAGAGGGAUCUUCGAUAGGUCUCUCUGGUACAGCCAUUUACGGUGUUUAUGCUAAUGGACGAGUAGGCGUGGAACGUGAUAGAGAUGCGAAGGGUACAGAGAGGCAGAGAGGACGUCCUCGCAUAGGGAGGAAUUUGAGCUCGAGUACGAGCGUCAGCCCCGUUGACUCUAGUGCAAGGGACGCAGGCACACCGUCGCUCGUCGAAGCGGCUCUAGCCGCCGCCGCUUCGUCGGCGUCCUCUGCUGGACCCUCGCCUUCUACUCUGAAGGAGUUCAACUCCGCACAGUCCGGGUUAUGGCCAAAAGCUUCGACAUCAUCAUCUUCGUCCUCGUCUUCGACCAUCUCCGAGGCCAGCUCUGUCGCGACAGUAAAGCCUCCGACAUCCGACCAAACCGUUUCGGUACCCAUUCCAUCAGCAUCCCAAGGGAUGGUGCCCAAGGAGCAAGGUUGUUCGGAGUCAGAUCGAAGCGCCGUAGAGCUUGAGGGCCCGACGACCCUUGGUAGAGCUGCAGGAAUGUUGUCGUCAUAUCUUGCACUUUGGCCUGCCGCAGGCACCGCUUAA